AUGGAGAAUUCACAGAGGUCUGUGCGUAAUUUUUUAGGGAUAUGUAUUUUCUCAUUGCAAUGGAUGCUGACCCAACAGGCAGUUGAUGUGGCCUUAGGAGGAAUAGCAACACAAUCUUCUACAUUCUCUGGCACUUUUUAUGCUAGCAUGGCUAUUGAUGGCAACACAGCAUCAAACUUUUAUGCCUACUCAUGUUCUAGUACAAAUGUUCAAUAUAACCCAUGGUGGAGAGUAAAUUUGUUGGCAGUGUAUGAUAUUAGCAAUGUAAUCAUCACUAACAGAGGUGAUUGCUGUCCAGAACGGAUGAAUGGUGCUGAGAUUCGCAUUGGCAACUCCUUAGUCAACAAUGGCAACAGUAACCCCAGGUGUGUUGUUAUUUCUAGCAUUCCUGCUGGUGGCACUGUUAACUACACUUGCAAAAUGAGGGGCCGUUAUGUAAACAUUGUCCUUCCCAAUAUGAACCAGUAUCUUACGAUUUGUGAAGUGCAAGUCUAUGGUGUUCGAGUUCCAGUUACUAAGAGGGCAUUUUUGCGAUUAAAGUUUAAAACAAGUGAGGAUCUCAUCAACCCUAUCAUUAUGGACAAAGUUCUUCAAAAGAUAAAAUCUGCCAAUGUUCAGUCAUCAAUAUAUCAGAUCAAUUGGACAAAGGAAACAGAAUUGGAAACUGAAUCUUGA